UUUGGUGUGCGGUGCCCUUCUCCCGUGUAGAUUACACGACUUUCAUCGGUUAAAUCAUUGAAAAUCUGAGCUUCCUGAUUAAAACAUUUCCUGCCAUCUCUAUCAGAUGUUGGACAUCGCACAGUUGUUUUAUCUUGUUGACUAGGUGACCCAGGGCUAUGGUUGAUGCCUAGCCUAACGUUUCCCUGGUUAUUGGACUUCUGGUUGUGUAGUCGACUGCGGGAUUAGCAUAGGAGGUUCUACAGUAUGAGGCGUGGGGAAGGGCCGAAGGUGGAACUGCGGUUCCUAAUAUCGACCAAAGCAGCUGGUGUAAUAAUAGGGAAAGGGGGUGAAAAUAUUAAAAAAAUUCGUGAGGAGUAUUCUGUUAAAGUUACCAUCCCCGAUAGCAACGGCCCUGAGAGGGUCUUGGUUCUGGAUGGCGAUCUCGGUUCAGUCAUCGAAAUAUUCAGAGAAAAUCUUGAGAAGAUGCAAAGUAACCGCGAUGACGGAGUUGAUUUACGUUUACUUGUACAUCAAAGCCAAGCUGGAUGUGUUAUUGGAAGGGCUGGAUAUAAAAUCAAAGAAUUACGAGAGCAAUCAGGUCUUCAUACUCUCAAAGUUUAUCAGAUGCUGUGUCCAUGCUCUACUGACAGGGUGAUUCAAUUGGUUGGUGAUGUGGGGAAAGUGCUUGAUUGUCUCCGUUCUAUAGCUGAACUUCUUGAGGGUGCUCCACCUAAGGGCUCUCGCCAGAACUACGACGCGCGAAACGCAGAUGAAUUUAUUUCUCCUGAGUAUGGAGGUUGGGGAGUAGGUAAUCAAGGUCCUGGAUUAAAUUUGGUCCGUAGUAGGAACAAUGUUGCGAAUACGAGUUACCCCCAUUGUUUUAAAUUCAUUAUUUGUGUAGAACAAUAUACUCACAACUGGGAUUUUCGGCGGGGGUGCUUCCGGAGCUACAGGACGCAAUGGUGGGCAAACAACGUCUGUUAGUCAAGCAUUAGCUGGAGGUCUUCCUCACGCAUCAGCAGCAGCCAUGCUUGCUGCGACUGGUGGUCAGACAACUGGCGGACCCAAUCCUGGUACAGCAGGAGAUGCCGCUGCUGCUACAGCUGCAGCAAUGGUAGCGGCGGGAUUCAUGAGAGGGUUACCCAGCCGUAUGGCUAUGAGUAUUUUAACCCCGACUACUAGCACUCAGGUCUCAGUGAGCAACAAGGUUCGUGUAAUUAAAUUAUGUUUUACACCUUUUUAUGCUUUGCACUUCUAGGUGUUAAUCCUUUUUUUCUAAUUAAGAUGAUAGGUGCGAUCAUGGGUAGGUCCGGUUGUCGUAUAAAUCAAGUUCGUCAUGAGUCAAAUGCAGAUAUUAAAAUCAGUAAACAGGAACCCGGUGUUGAAGAUCGUAUUAUUACAAUAACUGGAACUCCUGAACAAAUUCAAAACGCUCAAUUUCUUCUUCAAAUGUGCGUUAAACGAUAUGGUGAUCAAAUCUGAUUCCUCACUAUCAUCCUUGUUUUCUUUUUCCUAACUCCGUCUCUUGCGGAACUAAAUGAAAACCCACACCCUCCCUAAUUUUAUUAUUCUUGAAUGCUUUAUCCAAUUAUUUCAACUACACAGAUAUGUUCUAUGCAGUUAACUUGUUAAUGUUUUGUGUUUUUGUAAAAAUCGAAAAAAAACUCAUUGUUUCAUUCUUUACGAAUAAAAGCCGCUAGUUAAUAUGAACGUCACUGG